AGCAAAGGCCGCACAAGUGUUCCACUUAUUAAAAAUCACAAGUAAAUUCUCGUCAAUUUUAUCAAAUUUUAUCCAAUUAGUGUGCAAUUGAAAACAUAAACAUAGGCCUUCUCUUUCGUUCCUUGUCAGCGAGGAUCACAGGCUGAAUUGUGUCAAAAAUCGCGUGUUUCGAGCCCCCCAUUCGUAUUCGGUGUGAAUUGUUGAUUGUUCGCCGGUUUGUUAACAAUGAGCGUUGUUAACGGAUUGCUUCGCGUGAGCAGGCUAAUUCGGCCAUCUACAGCACUCGCACGAUGUCUGGUACCUGCCACCAGCCAUCCGGCACCGGCCUCCAUCAGCUUCGCUCAGGCAUCCCGGUCGCUUCCGGCCUGGAUCCCGACCCACAGGACACUGAGCACGAAGGUUGCCGAGGAAGGGUACCACUCGAUAAUACGCGACCAGGAGAAGGCGGUUGGAGCGAGCGAUAAGCACGAAUUUCAGGCGGAAACGCGCAUGCUGCUCGACAUCGUAGCGCGGUCACUGUACUCCGACAAGGAAGUGUUUGUCCGCGAGCUCGUGUCGAACGCAAGCGAUGCGUUGGAAAAGUUCCGCUUUCUCAUCCAAGCAUCCACGGACGGAGCGAGCGGUGACUUUGCGGAAGCGGAUCGUGCGCUCGAGAUACACAUUGGCACGAACAAGCAGGAUCGUCAGCUGACGAUCCAGGACACCGGUAUCGGUAUGACGCGUGAAGAGCUGGUGGCCAAUCUGGGCACGAUUGCGCGGUCCGGUUCGAAGCACUUUAUCGAGCAGCUAAAGGAGAGUGGCCGUGGUACGCAGGAAAACGUGCAGAACAUUAUUGGCCAGUUCGGUGUUGGGUUCUACUCGGCGUUCAUGGUAGCGGACCGGGUGGACGUGUACACCCGCUCGUCUCGUGCCGGUGCUCCUGGCCUAAAGUGGUCCUCGGAUGGAUCGGGCACGUUCGAGAUUCAGGAGGCAGAAAAUGUCGCUAUCGGUACGAAGAUUGUGAUCCACUUGAAGGCGGACUGUCGUGAGUUUUCGGACGAGGACCGCAUUCGGGAGGUAAUCCGGCGGUACAGCAACUUUGUCGGCAGUCCCAUCUUCCUGAACGGCAAACAGGCCAACCAAAUACAACCGAUUUGGCUGAUGGAACCGAAGCAAGUGACUGCCGAGCAGCACAACGAGUUCUACCGGUUCGUGGGCAACACGUUCGACACGCCGCGGUUCACGCUCCACUACAAGACGGACGUGCCGCUGAGCAUUCGGGCGCUGCUGUACUUCCCCGAAGGCAAGCCGGGCCUGUUCGAGAUGUCGCGCGAUGCGGACGGCGGUGUGGCGUUGUACACGCGCAAGGUACUCAUCCAAUCGAAGACGGAAAAUCUGCUGCCGAAGUGGCUGCGCUUCCUGAAGGGCGUCGUCGACUCGGAGGACAUUCCGCUCAAUCUGAGCCGCGAACUGUUGCAGAACAGUGCGCUGAUUCGGAAGCUCCGAACGGCGCUUACCAAUCGCACGCUUCGCUUCCUGCACGACCGAUCGCAAAAGGAGCCGGAAAGCUACGACAAGUUCUACAAAGAUUACGGCCUAUUCCUGAAGGAGGGCAUCGUGACCAGCCAGGAGCAGCAGGAAAAGGAAGAGAUCGCCAAGCUGUUACGCUUCGAGACGAGCAAGGAGCCCGACCGCACGGUAUCGCUGCCCGAGUACUGUCAGCGGCAAGCCGAAGGUCAGAAAGAUAUCUACUAUCUGGCCGCACCGAAUCGCACGCUGGCCGAAGCGUCCCCGUACUAUGAGUCGCUGAAGAAGCGUGGCAUUGAGGUGCUGUUCUGCUACGAAGCGUACGACGAGCUGGUUCUCAUGCAGCUGGGCAUGUACCUCGGCAAAAACCUUGUCUCGGUGGAGAAGGAAAUGCGCCGUUCGGAUCCUGCGUCCGACAGUCCCGAUGCGGACGGACUGAUCGAGGGUUCGCUGCUGAAAACACAAAUCGAUGAACUGCUACCCUGGCUGAAGCAAAGGCUAACCGGCAAGGUUUCGAACGUGAAGACGACCGGCAAACUCGACACCCAUCCGUGCGUGGUGACGGUGGAGGAAAUGGCCGCCGCCCGCCACUUUAUCAAAACGCAGAGCCACAACAUUAGCGAGGAGAAUCGCUACGCACUGUUGCAGCCGCAGUUUGAAAUUAAUCCAAAACAUCCCAUCAUCAAGAAGCUGCACAAGCUUACGACCAGCGAUCCCGAGCUGGCGGAACUGUUGGCGAAACAGCUGUUCUCGAAUGCGAUGGUCGGGGCCGGUCUCGUGGACGAUCCACGCAUGCUCCUGACGAGCAUGAACGAUCUGCUGCAGAAGGUACUUGAUAAGCAUUAGCUCAAUCCUCCUUCCUUCCGCUCUUAAGCUAGGUAAUAUGUUUUCUGUUUAAAAUAAAAGCUCUAAUCUAGGGAUGUUAAAUAAUUGCGGGCUGAAACGAG